AUGGAAUCGCGCAAGAGAGCGUGGCACGCUGAUAUAUCGCAGAGGCACCCAGAGGGGGCUGUCGUUUUGGGCGUGGACCCAGACGUGCUGGGGGCCGUGGCUGUGCUUUUUGUUAAGCCCCGGCAAAAACAAGAGGCGGAAAGUUGUGCUGUUAGUGUUGUUAACACCAGGAGUGGACAGGAGGAGGAGCAAGGGGAUGGUGCUGAGAAGGAUCUGCGUCUUCAGUCUUGUUCUGAGGCGAUUUUUGAGGCCCCUCAAAAAAGGAUUUUUGAGGCGCCUCAGAAGGCGCUGUGUGUGCAGUCUUGCUCUGAGGCGGCUCAACAUGCAGCAACGAGUGAAUGGGAGGAGAGGCUUACUGUUGCUGCUGCUGAAGCUGUGAGAGAGGGCGGAGGAGGAAUUGUGGGAGGAGCAGUGGAGGAAGAGGAGGGAGAGGAGAAGUGUGAGAGAGUGUGGGAGCUUGAGGAGGAAAUGGAGGGAUGGACGAGGAUAUUGCCAGGAGGAGAUGGGGCGGAUGGGUUGGAGGAAGGAAGAGCAAUGGUGUAUGGGCAGAUCCACGAUGUGCCAUAUGAGCUUGUAUCUGUGGGUGCUUCGAAUCGCAAGAGGCACAGCGCCCAGGCCAUAGCUUCUCUCCUGCACCAGUUACCACCUGCACCAGUUCGCCUUGCCUAUGUGGAGCAGGCCAGGCCGUUCCCCUCUGAUGGCAAACAGGGUUGGUACGGCUGUGGAUUUGGCUUCGGGGUGUGGAUGGGCGUGUUGGCAGCAAGUGGGUUUGAGGUCACCACUGUGACGUCUGUGCAAUGGAAGGCGGCCAUUCGUUCUCAAGGAUCACUCCCUUUCACCUCCAAGCACCACUAG